GCCGCCUGGCGGGGCGGCGGGUGCCGCGGGAGGCUGCUCGGUGCCGCCGCCGCCCGGGAGGGAGGUUAUGUAAGGGGGAAGGGAGGCGGCAGCGGGAGGAGGAGCAGGACGCCUCGCCGUGCCGCCGGGCAGCCGCAGCCGGGAGCCGAGAGCGGGGCGGCCGCAUGUGCGAAGUGGGAACCCGGCCGCCGCUGGCCGCCGAACGCGGGGAGCCGCCCGGGGGGGCCGCCGCCUCCGAGAGGUGCCGAGACAUGGGAGAACAGCCCAUCUUCACCACCAGAGCCCAUGUCUUCCAAAUUGACCCCAGCACGAAGAAGAACUGGGUCCCCGCAAGCAAGCAGGCUGUAACUGUUUCCUACUUCUAUGACAGCACGAGAAACAGCUAUCGGAUUAUCAGUGUGGAUGGAGCCAAGGUGAUCAUAAACAGCACAAUCACCCCCAACAUGACCUUCACCAAAACCUCGCAGAAGUUCGGCCAGUGGGCGGAUAGCAGAGCCAACACAGUGUUUGGGUUGGGCUUUCCCUCUGAGCAGCAGCUGUCCAAGUUUGCAGAGAAAUUCCAAGAAGUGAAAGAGGCUGCCAAGCUAGCAAGAGACAGAUCUCAAGAGAAAAUUGAGACCUCAAGUAAUCAUUCACAGGAAUCUGGGCGUGAAACACCAUCUUCCACCCGAGCAUCUAGUGUGAAUGGGACAGAUGAUGAGAAGGCAUCCCACGGUGGUUCUGCUGAGGCACAGCUCAAAUCUGAGAAUGAUAAACUAAAAAUUGCUCUAGCCCAAAGUUCCUCCAAUGUAAAGAAGUGGGAGACAGAGCUGCAGACACUGAGGGAGAGCAACGCCCGCCUGACCACAGCGCUGCAGGAGUCGGCUGCCAGCAUAGAGCACUGGAAGAAGCAGUUCUCAGCCUGCAAGGAGGAGAAUGACCAGCUCAGAAGCAAGAUUGAAGAACUGGAGGAGCAGUGCAAUGAAAUAAAUAAGGAGAAGGAAAGAAACGCACAGCUGAGCAGACGUCUCCAGGAGCUGGAAACAGAGCUUCAAGACAAAGAGCUGGAACUGGAAGAGCUCCGAAAGCAGGGUGAAAUUAUACCACAGCUCAUGUCAGAAUGUGAAUCUGUAUCUCAACAAUUACAGGAUGCUGAGAAUAAGAACAAAGAUCUUGAAGAGAAAGUCAGAACACUAAGGACAGAAGUUGAAGAGAGCAAACAUAGGCAGACCAACCUUAAAACUGAAUUAAAGAAUUUUUUAGAUGUACUAGAUGGGAAGAUAGAUGAAUUACACGAUUUCCGACAAGGACUGUCUAAACUUGGAGUUGACAACUAGAUGGCAAUAGAUUUUUGUAAUCUAGGGUCUGGAUGUUUGAUGUUUUGUUGACCCCAAUCCAUGUGUUUUACAAAAUAUAACUAGAAUGUUCCACCUGUUUGCAUUGUUUUUGUACAUAGAGGCUGAAAAUUUGCUGUGGGUUAUUUUGGGUUUUUGUUUAUUUGUUUUCCAAACCAAUCGUGCUGCUUGCUGAAUUCUUUUGAGGUUAGAAACUUUCUAUGCUGCUGCUCCGGCUUUGUGGGGUUGGGAACAGGUAGAGGGUUCUGUCUCAGGAAUCUGGAACUAGAUCUACCUUAAAAUGAAUAUGCAGUUAGUUGUUGCAGGGAAAUUUAUAUCUUUCUUAAGGGCUGUUGCAACCAUAGAAACAGAAAACAAGUCUUUUUUUCCCCAAACUAUCAGCACCCCUAGCAACGUAUCCUUUUAUUCCUUGGCCAAGCAAAGAGAUUAGAUGGGGCUCCUGCAGUCUGUAAAUCAGCCUGGUAAAAUGUGCCUGUGAUGAGCUGCAGUCAAGUGAAUCAGUUGACGUGCAUGCCAGUAUCUUUAGGGACCACAUCGAUCAGGCCUGAUUCAGAGAGUAAAAUGUAGAGGAUUUCAUAUAACCUUCAAUUCAGGCUGCAUGUGCUUGCUUGGGUCCAAGGCAGCGCCAAGACAACAGUGUAGAAAUGAAUUUCAGCUCUUACACUUCAAGUCACUCAUUGCCUAUAGGUGAGGACAGCUCCUCUUGCUUGGCAUGGCAUCUCUCUUUGAACCAUCAUCUCAGUUUUGAACCCUUACUGUUCAGUCACUGUGUGUGCCUCUGCAAAGUGCACACUGAGUCUUGGGACCAGAUAUUAAUUUUAGGAGGGGACAUACUGCUGCUUUGUAUGCAGUGCACGUGCAUCUCUGUGCACCUCUAUCACUGCUGCUCGGCUGCCACAGCAGGGGCACAGGGGGCGUGAUCAGAAAAGCAUCAGGAGGUCAUGGGAAGCAGCUUCCUGCCCAGAAGACUUGCAGGUAAUGACUGCAUGAAACCAAAACGCCUUUCUUUCCUAUGAUUCCUGUGUUCCUCCCUCAGGGGACAGGCGGGUGGGAGUUAGUUAGACUUAGUCACCAAGUUAGACUGACAAAAAAAGAAAAGCCCCAACCCAAUCUCUAAGGCAGAAAAUGUAGUCUUUGUUUAUUCAGCAGCUCUAAAUACGUUUUGAGAAAUGGAGACUCACACCGGACAGCAGCGAGGACAUCGCUGCGUCACCAACUGAUGUGAGAAGGACCAGAGAGGAGCCCACACUUUGCUUUUAUCCCUAGGAAUGCCGUCAGCUUCUUUAAUUUCUUUCUCCGUAUCCUGGUUUGAGAUUCUGUUUACACUGCAUCUGAAUUCAUUCAGGAAAGAACUUGUGAUUAUGGAUAUUAUAUUUGCAUCUAUUGGGUGGAAGUUUGGUGAAGCACCAGGUGAGUGCAUUCCAGAAGUGACUGAUUCAAUAGCCACACUAUAAUGUUUGCAUAUUAUUUCUUAGGGAUUUUUUCUUUCUUGGCGUGUUUCUAUUAUAAAAGUGACCUUUAGAAGAUGUGGGUUAUAGAUGAAACACGCGUUGAAUUAUUUUUGCACAUGGCUCUAUAAUCCACAUGCUGGAGAUGGGUUUUGUCUGCCAUUGUCCUAGGAGUUUUCAUUUCAUCCAUUGUGUUACCAUUAUUGCCUAUUGUUCAGACUGGACAUUUUGUACUCUUUUAAUCCUUUUAAAUGGCACGUGAAGCUGGGACCUUUUAUAGUUACUAUGACCAUUUAAGUCUUAAAAAAAUAAUAAA